GCGGUGGUGACAUCACAGCAACAAAAGAACGCAUCAAAAAACUCACUUAAUUCAGUAUAGUGAGCCCUUGCACGCUAAGAGAGAGACACUUGAAAAAGUGCGAUCGCUGGAUUUUGGAAACGAGCAGCUUCACUCCGCAGACGUUUCUUCUUGUAGUUCAGCGGAACCCAGAAGACAUCAAAAGAAACAAAAAAGAAAAAGAAAAAAUACAAGCGUCGCCUUUUGCUUCUAACUCUUGUAGGAUUGUUUCUUUUCGAUCCUCUCUCUGGAGGAAAGAAAACUCGAGUUUGAUAUUUUUAUCCCAGAAAAAACGUUUUGGCUCGGUUUAUUUCUCUCCUACCGACUUCACAGCUGCUGAAAAUAUGUGUAAGAAGAGGCGGGCUGUGCUGUGGAGGCUUUCUAUUUUAUGCAGAAUAGCUGUGUGGAGUAACACCAAGUAAUGUGGAAAAAAUCGGACUACAAAGCAGGAAAACCAGAGGUUGGACGAAACGCUUCCUUGUAGGUAACUGCAGAUUUUGAAAAGAAAAAAAAAAAAGCGAGACACUCACGGGCUUGUAAAUGGAAAUGAGUUAACGCUGCAAUUCAGAUCUCGCCUCCCAACGAAACGCGACUUUUUUUUUUUUUUUUUUGCUUGAUUAAAAACAAUAUUUUUUUAAAAUUUGUAUAUACCUGGACUAAUUAACAUGAUAUCACCUUGCUGUGUAUGUGACUAAAAAAAAAAAAGGAGGUUAACACGCUUAAUCGGAUUGAGGACGACGGAUGCGACCUAAAAAACUUCUCUGUACAAGGGAGCGCGUCUUUUGGAUAUAUAAAAAAUGUCUCUUUACUGCGUCUCCUCUUUUUUCCCAUGAAGAGAUCGUUUCAAUGGACGUGUCAGAGAGUGCUUCUUAGUCGAUCGACUGCUCUGUAAAGGUAGCCGACCUCUUUGAGCUUUUGGCCACUGUAGAUGUAACACCUGUAUGCCUGUCUGCCUGCGACUCUAUGAUCUAAUCCAAUAGCAGACACAACAACACCUUUCUUGUAAAUAAGCUUCAACUACACACGUGCAAUACGCUCAUUUACUUGCUUUACCAUGUUUGUGUAGUCCUGGCACCCAUUUAUCUUUUUUUUUUUUUUUACUCUCUGUACAGACAGCUACAAAGACAAAUAUUACCUUUUAUUUCUUUCAUUUUUUUGUUUCAUUUUGUUCUGGUACACGUACGCCUUUAUCUGUGGUUUCCCUUCUUUCUCCCCACUUCUUUUUAUCUUUUUUCCUUUUAUUUUAAUCCACUUCUGUCAUUUUUUUAUGACGCCUCUAUUUAACCCAUAUCCCCUUUAAUUCUUAUCUGUUUUCUCCCGUUUCAUUUGUAGCCAACUGGAACUUUUUUUUUUUCUUUAAUACAUCUUGUUUCCUACAUCAAAGAACAUUUCUGCCUUUUUGAGUUUAUCCUACUGGUGCUUUGAAUCCACCUGAAACAAAUUUAGACUUGUUUCCUGUUUUUAUGAUCAUAUCUGGAACUGUAAGGUAUUUUGUCGAGGCUCUCUUUUUUUUUUUUCCUUUUUUUCAUCCAUUCAUUUUGUGAAUAUACCUGACGCAAACGGCGGAGUUUCUAUAAAGUUCUGACGCUAUGUUCUCUCUCCGGUACAGAUUGAUCAUGGUCGCCGGGGUCCGCGCUCUCAUGGUGCUUCUGCUCUGCCAGGUGCUGCUCGGAGGCUCCGUCGGACUCAUUCCGGAGGUCGGGCGAAGGAAGUUCAGCGAAUCUGGGCGACAAAGUCCGCAACAUUCCGAUGAUAUUUUAAAUGAGUUUGAACUUCGAUUACUCAAUAUGUUUGGCCUCAAGCGGAGACCCCAUCCCAGCAAGAACGCCGUGGUACCGCAAUACAUGUUGGACCUGUAUCGCGUGCACGCGGGUCAAGGAGACGAGAGCGCGGACAGAGCCGGGCCGCUGCCAGGACACGGCUCGGACAAAGCAGCGAGCCGUGCCAACACCAUCCGGAGCUUCCACCACGAAGAAUCCUUAGAGGGGCUCUCAGGCACAAGUGGGAAAACUGUUCAGCAGUUCUACUUCAACCUUACGUCAAUCCCCAUGGAGGAGCUUAUCACUUCUGCCGAACUCCGGAUUUUUCGGAAUCAAGUCCUGGAUGCCAUUUCAAAUUCUACCAGUGGCUACCAUCGUAUUAACAUUUAUGAAGUUAUUAAACCAUCCUCCUCGUCCUCAUCAAAGGAGCCUAUAACAAGACUUCUGGAUAGCAAGCUUGUACAUCAAAGCCAGAGUUCUUGGGAAAGCUUUGAUGUUAGCCCUGCCAUUAUGAGAUGGAUCACUCAUAGACAUCCAAACCAUGGGUUUGUGGUGGAAAUUGUCCACUUAGACAAUGAGGGCAGGGACUCCAAAAGACAUGUGAGGAUCAGCAGGUCUUUACAUGAAGAUGAAGAAACCUGGCCGCAGAUGAGGCCUUUACUUGUAACUUUUAGCCAUGAUGGCAAGGGACACGUGCUCCAUAAAAGGGAGAAGAGGCAAGCGAAGCAAAAACACAAAAAGAGGACCAAAUUCAGCUGUCGAAGGCAUCAGUUGUAUGUGGACUUCAGCGACGUGGGGUGGAAUGACUGGAUAGUUGCACCUCCAGGAUACAAUGCCUUCUACUGCCAGGGAGAAUGCCCGUUUCCUUUGGCGGACCAUCUAAACUCAACAAAUCACGCCAUCGUGCAGACUUUAGUCAACUCUGUAAAUGCAAACAUUCCUAAGGCCUGCUGUGUGCCAACAGAACUCAGCGCAAUUUCAAUGCUAUACCUUGAUGAAUAUGAAAAAGUGGUAUUAAAGAACUAUCAGGACAUGGUCGUGGAGGGCUGUGGCUGCCGCUAAGCAGCAGUGGUGUCGACACUUUAAUAUUUCCCAAUGAAGACUUUUUUAAUUUAUAUAAAAAUUUAAAAGUAACAACUAUUUUGA